AUGACUAUCAACGGCACCGCGCGAAACCCUCUCCCCCACGGUGUCUACGUGCCCACCGUCGCAUUCUUCAAGUCUGACGAGGAGGUCGAUAUCGAGACAGUGGAGAGACAUGCGACCUACCUCGCUCAAAGCGGCGUGACGGGACUCGUCACCCAGGGCAGCAAUGGCGAAGCUGUACACCUGGACCGCGAAGAGCGCAAAGCCAUCACAGCCGCCACCCGCCGCGCCGUCAACGCCGCCGGCUAUAGCAGCAUGCCCGUCAUCGCCGGCUGCGGCGCAGCCUCCACCCGUGAAACCAUUUUGUUCUGCCAGGAUGCCGCCGCCGCAGGAGCCGAUGCAGUCCUCGUCCUGCCGCCCAGCUACUACAAGUCGCUGGUGAGCACCGAGUCCAUGCACGCACACUUCUUGACCGUGGCGGAUGCUUCACCCGUCCCCGUGCUCAUCUAUAACUUCCCCGCCGUCCAAUCGGGUCUGGACCUUAGCUCAGACGAUAUCCUUGCUCUUGCUAAGCACCCCAAGAUUAUCGGUUGCAAGCUCACUUGCGGUAACACGGGCAAACUGGCUCGUAUUGCGGCAGCCAACCCUGAGUUCUUGACUUUCGGUGGCUCGGCCGAUUUCACUUUGCAGACGCUCGUUGCUGGCGGUGCGGGUAUCAUCGGUGGUUUGGCUAAUUUGAUUCCCCGCUCGUGUGUGCGCGUGAUGGAACUGUACCGUGCUGGAAAGGUUGAGGAGGCGCAGAAGCUGCAGGGCAUUGUUGCCCGCGCUGACUGGGCUGCUAUUCAUGGGGGAUUCAUUGCUGUCAAGAGUGGCUUGCAGUCCUACCGUGGAUAUGGUGGUCUUCCCCGACGGCCUUGUGUUGUGCCUGAUGCGAAGGCGGCGGCUGCUAUCCAGGAGGAGUUCCGGGAGGGGAUGGAAUUGGAGAAGUCGUUGGAAUCAAGAUAA